CGUCACUGUCUGUUAUAUGUAUAUAUAUCACUGAUAUAUAUAUAUAUACAAGCAAUUGCUGCUCACGCACAUCCUUAUACAGAUACUACUGUGAAACGUCUGUUUAUCUUGAAUACUAGCCAGGUAUUACUUUUCAAUAUACCCGUGCACUACUGAGUGGGUAUGACAAUGUCGCUGAUGUGGAUGUGUACGAUAACUGUUACAUCUGUCUUGCUAUUGCAAGCAACUGCAACAGAAAAUGUUGCACUAAAAGGAAUAGCAAGCCAAAUCAACACAGCUUAUAAUGGACCAGCUAACUAUGCUAUUGAUGGAAAUGAUGAUUCCAUAUAUGGUCAUAAAAGUUGUAGUCACACUGGAAAGAAAACGAACGCUUGGUGGAAAGUAGAUUUGGAAGAAACAUACUCUAUAUCUCAAGUGGUAAUAACAAAUCGACAGGAUUGUUGUUCUGAGAGAAUUGAUGGAGCUGUAGUGUUAAUUGGUGACAAUUCUGAUUUAAGCCAAAAUGUCCAAUGUGGAGAUCAAAUUGACUGGAACGCAAACACAUAUGAAGAGAAGAUCACAUUUGAUUGUCAGCUAAGUGGGCGUUAUGUUGCCGUACAACUGAAAGAUCAUAACAACUAUCUACACCUGUGUGAAGUGGAGGUGUUUGGAAAGAAACAUCACGAAAGCACUCCUUGUUCACUGAAUUGGAAAUAUUAG